GGAGACGCUGCGCCCCGCACUCGAUGAGGGAGAGCCCAGAGGCAUGGGGGAGCCCGUGAUGGUACCAGCCCGGGAGCCCUGCCGCGCAGGUGCUGUUCUUUCUUUGGUUUGCCGUGACUCUUAUGAAGCAUGGUGCCAGAUCAUCAAUGUGUCAGAAACACAGGCCCAUUUCUUUACCUAUCCAGACAACCAUUCCAAUGAAACAAACCUGAGUGUUUCCACAUAUGCGGGAAGCAAAUAUAGGCUCUAUGUGGGUGUGGCCCUGGCAAUUGGUUCCAGUAUUUUUGUUGGCUCCAGCUUUAUACUGAAAAAGAAGGGCCUUCUGCAACUGGCUGACAAGGGAGUCACCAGAGCUGGGCAGGGUGGAUAUUCUUACUUGAAGGAAUGGCUCUGGUGGGCAGGAUUACUUUCAAUGGGAAUAGGGGAGGCUGCCAACUUUGCUGCCUAUGCCUUUGCACCUGCAACCUUGGUUACCCCAUUGGGUGCACUGAGUGUUCUUAUAAGUGCAAUAUUGUCUUCCUAUUUUUUAAAUGAAAAGCUGAAUGUUCAUGGGAAGUUGGGCUGCAUAUUGAGCAUUUUGGGGUCAACGGUGAUGGUUAUUCACGCCCCUGAAGAAGAGGAGGUCACUUCUUUAGAUGAAAUGGAAAUAAAAUUGAAAGAUCCAGUGUUUAUUGCAUUUGCUGUGGUUAUAACUGUGGUCUCCCUGGUGCUGAUUUUUGUUGUGGCUCCAAGGAAAGGUCAGACGAAUAUACUGGUCUACAUAUCAAUUUGUUCAGUGAUUGGUGCCUUCUCUGUCUCAUCUGUCAAGGGCCUCGGCAUUGCCAUUAAAGAAAUACUGGAGCAGAAGCCGGUUUACCAACAUCCGCUGGUUUAUAUUUUGGUGGGGACUUUAGUGCUCUCAGUCAGCACUCAGAUCAACUAUCUUAACAAAGCAUUGGACAUGUUUAAUACAUCUCUAGUGACACCUAUUUAUUAUGUGUGUUUCACUACUACAGUUGUUACAUGUUCCAUCAUCCUGUUUAAAGAAUGGAAUAGCAUGGACCUGGGUGAUAUCAUUGGCAGCCUCAGUGGAUUCCUCACCAUAAUCAUAGGCAUUUUCCUUUUGCAUGCUUUUAAAAGUACUAAUAUCACCCUGAAGCAAUUGACAUCCGCAGCUAUAAAAGAACCCUCAUUGCCUCUGCAUGGAUAUGAUGCUCAUCAUACUUUAUUGGAGAACAUGGAGAGCCCAACCUUGGCAUAUGAGGAGGACAAUCCUUUGUUCAGUCGAGGAAAUGCACAGGGAGCUAUUUUCCAUUAAAAUUUUUAAAUGCAAACUACAUCCACCUACAUCAAUCGGAACUAUCUUUGCUUUUUUCCUGGGGAGAAAAAAACAUUUAUGAAGUGAGAUAAAUGUUGGCAACAACACUGUGUGCUUGGAGAAAUAGAUAAGUCACUGGGAUGUUAGUUAUUGAUUACAUACAACAAUUUUCCAUUCAACACCACAAAUAGAAACCCGGGCAAUUCAUUGCCCAUAUCUCUGACAGUAUAUGAAUUUCCUCAGUCUCCUUAUUGUGGUUUUAUCAAUUGAAAGACUUCCUUCUUCAUGCAAAGAAUUGCAAUAUGUGCAAUAUAUAUUGAUAAAGUGCAAUUUUCCUUCAUGAUAUGGGGUAGUAAACACUUUAAGUGACAGGCACUUUAUAAGUAUCUUAAUAAAGACAUUACUAGAAGAAUAUGAGUAUUUCAAAGAUUGAAAUGCUUAAUAUAUUGUCAAGAUAAAUGCAUAUAUAACAUUCAACUUUGAAGGCUAUCUAUUAGCAGAUGUCCUGAAGAAAACACAGCCUUCUCCCAUUAACAGUUCUAUACUAAAACUUAAUUUGUUUAAAUGAGAACUUCAUUUGUGAGCAUUGAGCCCAGUACAGAUAUUUUGAAACUUAUAAAAAGCAUACUUCUGUAGCAGUUGUCUGAUAUCUAGUCUCCAAGCUUUUUCUUUUUUCCUUUGUUAGUUCCUGUUUCUUGAUGUUAAAGUCCAGUUCUUCUGAGUCUUGAUUUUUUUCUAUAUAAAAGCUACACAUGGAGUUUUAAACUAUUUCUAAUGCACUAUAGUGCUGACUGUAUUAAGCAAAGGGAAUACUAUAGUCUAUCUUUACUGUAUUGAGUGAUCAAGCAUCAAAUCAUUGCAUUAAGUGAUUUGUCUAGCCCUUAUUUUCUACAGCUACUUAGUAUUUGCCUCACAAAUGUGUUAACUUCUUUAAAACUCUGUGUCUUGAUGGCCUAUUGCCUAUGUUGUAAGAGCCUCUAGGUCACAGUGUUGACCAUGAAACCUAUAAAAGACAACUAAUCUAUGCACAGAUGCUAUUUUAUUGUACAAUUUCUGUUUAACUUAUUUGACACCUCUUUUCCUGCGUAUUGUGAGCCAGAAAGUGACUUCAGCUAUCAAAGGUGUAGGUCCAAUAGACUAAUAUGGUCAAGUUCUAUAGCUUCUCCUCAGCACAACAUCACCGCACAGCGUGGCUCCCUUACUGAAUUCCAAGCCUCUUCAGCAGGAGGUGAUUUUAGGACUUGCUCAAAGGGAUGUGUAAAACUUGACUGUGUGUAACAAGGAAACACAAACUAAUCUUUUGCAAUUUAGAGAAUGAAAUGUUGCUCUUUCUACUUCUAUAAAGUAAGCCAGUGCUGUGAAGUGCACUUUAGUUUAGAUGCAUAAGAAAGUUGCUUUACUAACUUUGAAGAGUUCCUAACAAGAGGAAAAUGGACUUCAGUUCUUCACAAGUAUUUGUAUAUCUGCAUAACUUAUACGGUUGUGUAUUUUAUUUAUUUUGGGGAGGAAUUCUUAAUGUGUCUUAUUUGCUAAUGAUGAUCAUUUCCCCUUAUUAUAACAAUGUUUUGGAAACCACCAAAAAACAGACUAAUAAUGGUGUUCAGAACACUAGUUUAAAACCAUUUUAAUCCCAAGUUUUAAACUAAAUGUACCUUUUUAGCUUGGUUAUUAGGAUAGCUGGCACACAUUCACACAAACUCUAUCAGUUAUAGCAAUCAUUUGCAGAUUGCCUUUAAACCAUCCUCCUGUGAAAUACUAGUUUGACUGAAGUGGUUUGUCUAGCUUUACUCCUCAGUAAGGUAAAGUUUUUUAAAUGAACUUAUACUUGUACAUUUUUGCAUAUGCACAUGGGCUGCCUAUUUUUAAACCUGGCUCUGACAAAAUCUGCUUGGUUGUAAUAAGCAUGAAAUAAGUCUUUCCUGGUGAGCCUGCUUAGUUUGUAUUCAUACAAAGUUAACUUUGUAAAGAAAAAUGGACGUAAAACUUGUUUUUCGUAAAGUAUCAGAACCCCAUAGUUAAUGCUUAUUUUCAUUAUGUCAAGAACACUCUAGAAUGUCAAUAAAGGAAAUAAUUGUUUUUAUUGUGAGAUUUGAUUCUUAAAAUGUUUUUGAAUGAAUUACUUAACUA